AUGAACCAGGAGGAAUGGAGGAUCAUGCUGCUGGGGUGGACUGGUGUUGGGAAGAGUGCAACAGGAAACACCAUCCUGGGAAUUAAUGCAUUCAGAUCAGAACGAUCUUUAUAUUCUGUAACACAACACAGUGGACGUGUAGAAGCUGUGAUAGGAGGAAAGUUCAUACGUGUGGUUGAUACACCAGGAUUCUUUAACACAAGAUCACUGCCACAAGAUCAUUUAGCGAUGGAGUUGGGCAGGAGUGUUUAUCUCUCAGAACCAGGAGUUCAUGCUUUCAUUCUGGUUUUCAGGUUUGAUCAUUUCACUGAACAGGAAGAGAAAACAAUUAAGAGGUUACAGGAGGUUUUUGGUGAACAGAUUACAGAUCACAUGAUCAUUUUGUUUACUCAUGCUGAGGGUGUAAGAGAGGAAAAAAUAAAUCAGGAAAGAGGCAAAAAUGAACAUCUCAGAAGGGUUUUAGAUCAGUGUGGAGGAAGAUUUCACAUCUUUAAUAAUGCAGAACCACAGAACAGACAGCAGGUCACUGAACUUCUGCAGAAGAUAGACAGGAUGGUGCAGUGGAAUGAAGGAAGGUUCUACAUUAAUGAGGUGUAUGAGAAAGCACAGCGCUUACACUGUGGGGAAUUCUGGGAGAAAAACAAGUCAUUCUUUUACAAUGCUGCUGAUGUUCUAGCUGGAUCUGGAUCUGUGAUGAUGCCAGUAGCAGCAGUUAUUAUAGGGAUGGUGUCAGUGAUAGUGGGAUUAUUAAGCAGUAACUAG